AUGCGGGAAAAGGUGGAGAAAAUCCUUGAAGAUGAUCACAAGGAAAGAGUUGAAACUAGCCAACAAGUAGCAAAAUUAACCGCCCUGAUGCGUCGCAAACUACGAACAACACCGGAGAGUCCGAACGACAGUGAUGACGAAACUUCUGUACACACUGAAAGAUGCACUGAUGUUGGCUUCAGUAAUCAAUGGUGGUAUCCUGAUUCCGGUGCGUCCCAUCAUGUUACUCCUGAUCCCUCAAAUGUGUCUGAAUCUAAUUUUGUGCCUGGAACUGAGCAAGUGUUUAUGGGAAACGGCCAAGGCUUCUUCUGA